CCCUGCAAUAGAAGGGGAGGGAAGAAGGGGGGUAUUUGACUCCUGUCUCCCCACCCCCAGUCCGUACGAGGUGGAUUUAGGAAGAAAGGAACCAAAAAACCUGGGUAGCGGAGAUAACGACAGACACCAAUAAAGAGAUAUACAUUUGGAGAUCCGCGCGCGGCGGUGUCGCGCACGGAUUAUUAUAGGGUAUUUUAUUUUUCUUUCACUGAGGAGAUUCUGGCUCGGAGCGUCUGAUCCUGGGGGGGACGGAAUACAAACGCACGGGGAAUAAUAGGAGUGUUUUAUACUCGCUCCCUCCGUUAACAAGUGACUGCUCUGCUGCUCAGUAAAGUGGAAUAUAGCGGGUUUUUCCAACGGGAUGCGGAGGAACUGUUUUUCUGAGGGAAUACGACCGCUCACCCACACAGAAUACGGAUUUUAAAAGCUGUCCCCCCGUAAACCAACUAGGGGGGUAGUUGCAAAGAUACUUCUCUCACACCGUUGAAAGUGCCAAGCCGUCCUGCGUGAAGACCCCAACCUUCCCUGCGCAGCCGGGGCCUCGGCUCUCCAGCCAGGUCGAACAUCAGUCCCACCCCACCCCUCCCUGCCCACCCUUCCCCUACUGGAGCCAAGAUGGCCACCAGCGGUGCCCCUCGCCUCUCCUUGCCACUCCUGCUGCCUGUCACCACUCUGCUGCUAUCACUGCUGCUCACCGGCUCCCACGCCUUAUCUGCACCACGGUUCACUAAAGUUCCCGUCGACCAGAUUGGUGUCUCAGGGGGUGUGGUUUCCUUUGUGUGCCAGGCGACGGGCGACCCCAAGCCAAGGGUUAGCUGGAACAAGAAAGGCAAGAAGGUCAACUCCCAGCGUAUUGAGACCAUUGAGUUUGAUGAGGGUGCCGGCGCCGUACUCAGAAUCCAGCCUCUCCGAGCGCCACGUGACGAGAACAUCUACGAAUGCGUUGCUGAGAACAGCGAGGCCGAGAUUACCGUCAAUGCCAAGCUGUCCAUCAUCCGAGAGGACCUACUACCACUAGGCUUCCCUAACAUAGACAUGGGUCCUCAACUCAAAGUGGUGGAGCGCACUCGAACAGCCACCAUGCUCUGUGCUGCCAGUGGCAACCCUGACCCAGAAAUCACCUGGUACAAAGACUUCCUGCCCAUUGAUCCCAGUGCAAGUAAUGGGCGAAUCAAACAGCUACGCUCAGGUGCCUUGCAGAUCGAGAACAGCGAGGAGACCGACCAGGGGAAGUACGAGUGCGUGGCGUCUAAUGUGGAAGGCGUGCGCUACUCGUCCCCUGCUAACCUAUAUGUGCGAGUCCGGCGGGUGCCUCCUCGCUUCUCCAUUCCACCAACGAGUCAGGAAAUUAUGCCCGGUGGCAGUGUGAACAUAACAUGUGUGGCGGUGGGGUCGCCCAUGCCUUACGUCAAGUGGAUGCUGAACUCAGAGGAUUUGACACCGGAGGAUGAGAUGCCAGUGGGCAGGAAUGUUCUCGAACUGAGCAGCGUCCGUGAGUCAGCCAACUACACCUGCGUGGCCAUGAGCAGCCUUGGCAUCAUUGAAGCUGUGGCGCAGAUCACUGUCAAAUCUCUCCCCAAGCCUCCAGGUACCCCUGUGGUUACUGAAACCACUGCCACCAGUGUGACUAUCACCUGGGACUCGGGCAAUCCAGACCCAGUGACUUACUAUAUCAUCCAGUACAGGGCAAAGUCCCCAGACAGCAAGUAUGAGACAGUGGAUGAUAUCACUACUACACGUUACAGCAUCGGUGGCCUCUACCCCAAUACAGAGUAUGAAAUCCGAGUCUCAGCUGUUAACACAAUCGGCCAGGGUCCUCCCAGUGAGCCAGUAGAAACACGGACUGGUGAACAGGCUCCUGCCAGUCCACCACGAAACAUCCAGGCCCAGAUCAUUUCUCAAAAUACCAUGAUGGUGCGCUGGGAAGAGCCCGAGGAGCCCAAUGGGCAGAUCAAGGGCUACCGUGUUUAUUACACCAUGGACGACUCCCAGCCCAUGAGCCUCUGGCAGAUUCAUAAUGUCCAGGACAGCAUCAUUACCACUAUCCAGAGCCUGGUUCCUCAAGAGACAUACACAAUUAAAGUGUUAGCAUUCACCUCUGUAGGAGACGGACCCUUCUCUGAGCCCAUCCAUGUCAAAGUACUGCAAGGAGUUCCAGGUCAGCCCGCCAAAUUCCAGGUUGGUGCUGUGUCUGAUACCAGCAUUGAAUUGACUUGGGAAGCCGCCUAUGAGAAAGAAGGAAUUAUAAAUUAUGAACUUCGCUACACAGAAGGCAGUUUUGGCACCCAGAUGAAGAAAAUAUUUGGUCCCACAUCAAGAUAUGUUGUGGAAAAUCUCCGCCCACACACGGAGUACCACUUCUCCCUGGCAGCCAUCUCUAACAAAGGCAUCGGAGCCUUCACCAAUGACAUAACACAGAAGACCUUGCAAGCCAAGCCCUCAGCCCCCCCUCAAGACAUUAAAUGCAGCAGCACCAGCUCCACCAGCCUGCUGGUAAGUUGGCGCCCCCCGCCUUUGAAGAGUCAGAACGGUGUCCUGGCGGGGUAUAGGGUGCACUACCAGGUGGUGGGCCCGUCAGAAGGCGGCAGUGACGACGGGGAGCCCACGGAGGAGCCAACAGUCCCUGCCACUGAAGCGCAGGUGCUGCUGCAGCGAUUGGAGAAGUGGACCCAGUACCACAUCGCUGUGGCCGCCCUCACUGCGAUCGGGCCAGGCCCUGAGAGCGAGCCCCUGAUCUGCCGCACAGACGAAGAUGUUCCUGGGGCUCCUCCAAGGCGAGUGGAGGUGGAGGUCCUCAACUCCACAGCACUUAAGGUGAUGUGGCGCUCCCUGACGCCAGGCAAGCAGCACGGUCAGAUCCGUGGCUACCAGGUUCACUAUGUACGCGUGGAAAAUGGCGAGUCACGGGGCCUGCCCCUCAUCAAGGACGUCAUGCUGGCCGAUGCCCAGUGGGAAACGGACGAUACAGCUGAAUAUGAAAUGGUCAUUGGAGGACUCAAGCCAGACACCACUUACUCCAUCACAGUGGCAGCGUACACCACCAAGGGGGAUGGAGCCCGCAGCAAACCCAAACUGGUGGUGACCAAAGGGGCAGUGCCUGGUCUGCCCUAUCUGUCAGUGGCUCAGGACUCAGAGACAUCAGCUGUGGUUCGCUGGGACCCUCCAGAAUUCACCAGUGGUAUGGACCUGCAGGGUUACCGGCUGCAGUUUGGCCGCAAAGAUGUCUCUCCUUUAGCCACACUGGAAUUUGCUCCACAAGAACGACAGUACUCUGUGGGCAACAUCCACCGGGGGGCCACCUAUAUCUUUAAAGUCUCAGCCAAGAGCAGGGGGGGCUUUGGGGAAGAGGCUGUGGUAGAACUCAGUGUACCCGAGAACACGCCAGGAGGCUACCCUCAAAUUGAAGAGGGCUCCAAUGUGACAUGCUGCUCAGUGCAGCUGUCCUGGUCUCCUCCAGUGCUGGCGGAGAGAAAUGGGGUAAUCACAGAGUACACUUUGGCCUAUAAGGAAACUGGCGCCGUUGGAGCACCACGGGAGCUCCGCUUGCCCCCAAACCAGUCCAGCUAUGUUCUCAACAGCCUCAAACCGAACUCAGCGUAUGAUGUGAAAAUACGUGCACACACCAGUGUAGGUCCAGGGCCCUACAGCCCGCCCAUCCAGUAUCGGACGGUGGCCUUUGAUCCAACAGACGUUCCAAAGAAUUUCACUGUGAAGUGGGCCACCAAGACCACUGUGGUUAUUGCAUGGAAGUUUUCUGACAGUAAAUCUCCAUACAAAUGCACGAUUGAGUACAACCGUCAGAAGAUGGAUGUGGAUGCCAGGCAGAUGAGGGUGCUGGUCACGGGGCUAAAACACAACACCACCUAUGAGUUCAGGGUGACCUGCCAAGAAAGCAUAGACGGUGGGCCAAGACACCGUGUGGUUGCCAAGACUGCACCACUCAUCCUGGUCAAGAAACCCAAGCUGGACAUCUACGCUGAGCCCGACAACAUGCUCACCAUGUCCUUCCCACCAGUCGAUAAUAAGGAUGUCAAGACUUUCUAUGUGGUUGUUGUGCCACUUAAGAGGACUUCAGGAGCUGUCAAAAACCUGAAGAACCCUGAUGAGAUGGACAUGGAAGAGCUGUUGCGGGAGGUGACCCUCAAGCGUCGUUCACGCCGCCAGCUGGCUCAGCUGGACCAGAGGAAGCCCUACAUCACAGCCUGCUUCAGGCAGCUGCCCCCCAGCUUCACGGUGGGAUCUGACUAUCGCCAAAGCAGCUGUGAGAACAAGCCUCUUGAACCUGGCCAGGAGUAUGUCUUCUUCCUGCUGGCUGAACUCAACGCCACCUCCGGGAAAAUGUUUGCUACCAGCCCUUACACCGACACUGUGGUGACUCCCGAGCUGGAGGUUGGCCCAGUAGAGACUGGUGACGGACUCAUAUGGGUGGUGGGCCCAGUCCUGGCUGUGGUCUUCAUAAUCUGCAUCGUCAUUGCUAUUCUCCUGUAUAAAAACCGCAAAAGAAAAGAGUCAGAGCCGCGCACGAAAUGCCUGCUGAACAACGCAGACAUCACACCUCACCACCCCACAGACCCUGUGGAGAUGAGACGCAUCAACUUCCAAACUCCAGAUUCUGGUCUAAGCAGCCCUCAGAGUGAAGCAGAUUUUGACUAUGAAAGUAUGAUGAAUCAUCCUCCCAUCCCUAUCUCAGAGCUGGCCGAACACACGGAGCUUCUCAAAGCCAACGACAACCUCAAGCUCUCCCAGGAAUAUGAGUCUAUCGAUCCAGGCCAGCAGUUCACCUGGGAACAUUCCAACCUGGAGGUGAACAAGCCCAAAAAUCGUUACGCCAACGUCAUCGCCUAUGACCACUCUCGAGUCAUCCUGGCUCCAAUCGAAGGUAUCACAGGUAGUGACUAUAUCAAUGCCAACUACAUUGAUGGCUACAGAAAGCAGAAUGCCUACAUCGCCACCCAGGGUCCACUACCAGAGACAUUCGGGGACUUCUGGAGGAUGGUGUGGGAGCAGAGAGCAGCCACUGUGGUCAUGAUGACCAGGCUGGAGGAGAAGUCACGGAUUAAGUGUGACCAGUACUGGCCCAGUCGUGGCACAGAAACCUAUGGUAUGACCCAAGUGACCCUGUUGGACACUAUAGAACUGGCUACUUUCUGUGUCCGCACUUUCUCCUUGCACAAGAAUGGCUCCAGUGAGAAGCGGGAGGUUCGUCAGUUUCAGUUCACGGCGUGGCCUGACCACGGAGUACCAGAGUACCCGACCCCCUUCCUGGCCUUCCUCCGUAGGGUUAAGACCUGUAACCCGCCUGACGCCGGACCCAUCAUCGCCCACUGCAGUGCGGGUGUCGGCCGGACAGGUUGCUUUAUCGUCAUCGACGCCAUGCUUGAGCGCAUCAAGCACGAGAAGACGGUCGACAUUUACGGCCAUGUGACGCUGAUGCGCUCGCAGCGGAAUUACAUGGUGCAGACGGAGGACCAGUACAGCUUCAUUCACGAUGCACUGCUGGAGGCGGUGGCCUGUGGCAACACUGAAGUGGCUGCCCGGAGCCUCUACUCCUACAUCCAGAAGCUGGCCCAGGUGGAGAGCGGCGAGCACGUAACUGGCAUGGAGCUAGAGUUCAAGCGUUUGGCCAACUCCAAAGCCCACACGUCGCGCUUCAUCAGUGCUAACCUUCCCUGCAACAAGUUCAAGAAUCGGCUGGUCAACAUCAUGCCCUACGAGACCACGCGUGUCUGCCUGCAGCCAAUCAGAGGCCUGGAAGGAUCCGACUACAUCAAUUCCAGCUUCAUUGAUGGAUACAGGCAACAGAAGGCCUACAUCGCUACGCAGGGCCCUCUGGCAGAGACCACAGAAGACUUCUGGAGAAUGCUCUGGGAGAACAACUCUACUAUUGUAGUCAUGUUGACCAAACUAAGAGAAAUGGGACGGGAAAAAUGUCACCAGUACUGGCCGGCAGAGCGCUCUGCCAGGUAUCAGUACUUUGUGGUUGAUCCCAUGGCAGAGUACAACAUGCCCCAGUACAUCCUACGAGAGUUCAAGGUCACAGACGCCAGGGACGGUCAGUCCAGGACAGUAAGGCAGUUCCAGUUUACUGAUUGGCCGGAGCAAGGCGUGCCCAAAUCUGGGGAGGGAUUCAUCGAUUUUAUCGGCCAGGUGCAUAAAACCAAGGAGCAGUUUGGACAGGAUGGACCGAUCUCUGUCCACUGCAGUGCUGGCGUGGGCAGGACGGGAGUCUUCAUCACCCUCAGUAUCGUCCUGGAGCGAAUGCGCUACGAAGGCGUGGUUGAUAUCUUCCAGACAGUGAAGAUGCUCCGGACACAGAGGCCAGCCAUGGUCCAGACUGAGGAUGAGUACCAAUUCUGCUAUCAUGCAGCUCUGGAGUACUUAGGAAGCUUUGAUCACUAUGCAACGUAAAAAGCCAUCUCUUCCCCCCAGAAUCCUGUCGCCCCCCUCAACAGUCUCCUGAGCCAUAGAAACUUUGAAAUUUGAAACGACAACAGCAGACGAUGAUAACACCAUCUCUAAUUCAGACACACCAAACAGGAUCCCAAAGUAGAUUUUAAGAAACAAGACGCCCGACCAACCAGUGAAGAGUAAUUCCAAUUCGACUGAGAGACCCUUCAUGAGGACGCGAGGGAAAAUUGCCCAUCACCAAGAAAAGAAAAUCCUCACCGGAAGAGGAACCAGACGCUGUGGCUCAAGCUGUGGGGCGGGAAUCGAUCAAAGCGUCAGACUGCUUACCUUACCUCAAGUGUUUCAAUGUGGAGGACAUUGUAAACAUUCGUGGACAUUUCUCUUCUCAAAAAUAUCUCGUGAUACAACGGUAACAAGCAACAGUUAAUGAAGGAGAAGGCAACAAAUCAGCGAGAGGCAGAUGGAUGUAGCCAAGACGGGGUGACUUUCUUGUUUUUUGAUAUGCCUGGGUGUAAAAGGGGGUUCAAGUAUUUCUAUCAACACAUUUUGUGAGUGAUAUCCAGAGAAAAUGACCAAACUGUGGUUGCCUGUGUGAACACAAACGGUUUUCCCCCAAACUCUGGUAAGACAAAAAAAAAAAAUCUAAACAGCGGAAACAUAACUAGCACGAGAACACUACCAUCUAGCAUCGAAUAAACCUUGAGUUUUUUUACACUGUCCCACUAAUGAUAUGCAUAAUUUGUGUGGAAAAACACUCAACUAUUAAAGUAUACAUCACACAGCUGCCUGUUCUCAAGCGCUACGAGCUUAGAGACGGCGCUGUCAGUGGCUGUGGGAGAGAAAGCAGCACCACAUAUCUUAAGAUCAGUUAGCUUCAUGAAUUGUGAACUUCAGUAUCCCAAGCCAGGUAACCACAGUGAUGUUGAAAAGUACCGCAGUGUAUUGAAGAAGUGCCCCAGGAGUCUCGUGUCUCAGUCACCAGAGAAAUUGGGUGGGGGGAGAUCUCGGCUCUUGCAAGAAGCCGCGGCUGGGUCGUCUUGCGGAUGGUUAAGGCGGGAGAAAUGGCAACCGUGUCCCAUGAUUUUUUACAAUCACUCCUCUCUUUGGAACCAUUGCAUCAUGGGGCUUCGGUGUUAACAUCCACCAUUUUGAACAAGAGAUUAAUCUGGUGGGCGAGAAGCUUUGGAACAAACGGAACAACCAAACAAGGAUCGCCCGCAAAGUCGGGGCUUUCUUUGUGUACAGUGACCAACGCUCAUCAUCAUUGUUUCGAACUUUUUUGUCUUAUGAGGAAUUAUCUUUUUUUUUUCUUCUUCUUCUUCUUUUGUUUUUACUUUCUGUCAAAACCAAACAUGCUGCUUAUCUCGUGUAUGCUGUAAGUGUGACUCUUGAGGGAGAGGAAACUGACGAAACAAAAGAUGCCAGCUCUGCUAACCGCUCGCGCCGGAGGCGGGCGUGACUGAAAGCGCAUCCACAUGACAACAUCGUCCACUGGUCUUUCCCACCUCUCCUUUUCAUUUUUUUCUCCAGCCUCCUCUAUAAUCAUCAUCGUUUAAGACACUCGAGAGUGGCAGAGGCCUGUUGCAGUUACAAAGCUGUGUGUUCAUGUGGUUGAAAAAUUGGCCUUUAGUUCCACUGUAUGUGUGUUUGGUAACAGGUGGAUAAACGAAGUAGUUGCUUUGGUUUUUUGUCCUCCGUUUUAUAGAUGAUGUCUCUGUGGGUGACACAGCCAGACCAGGCAGCCAUGUUGGAUCUCGACGCCAUGAUGUGAUAAUGAAAUUCUUCGGUACAAGUUACUUGCACAUCCCUAAGGAAAAAAAGAAACUUGAAACAAAUACCCCCAGAAACAACUGCAGGUUGGAUUUGACGCACUAAUGUAAAUGUGUCUGAUAAAAAAAAAUAUAAGGAAAAAAAAAAUCGAGCUUUUGAAAUUACCGGGUUUUCAUUUUGAGAUCAGUGCUUUGGUACAGGUGAGUGUACGGACUCUGUGGAGGUUUCCGACGGGUGUGCACAAAAACCAGAGCGAUGGACAGAACUGUGUGUAAUCUUUUCUUAUUUCCAAAAAAGCCUUAUUGUUAUUGUAACAUUAUGAAAACAUUACUGUUGUAUUAUGACGACUUAUUUUACAUUACAUAGUUGACUUUUUAUUUUCUUUUUUUUGGUUUAGUUUUUUAACAGAGAUGUUGUAUCACAUUUUUUAAAAUUAGCAGGAAAAGAGAAAUGCUUAUUUGUUCAUAUUACGUUAAAAGACAUUCUAUUUUUUCACUGUAGAAAUGUUAAGUAUAACAUGUCUGUGUGUACGUGUGCAUAUAUGUAUGUGUAUAAAUAUAUAUAUAUAUAUAUAUAUAUAUAUAUAUAUAUAUACUGCACACUCACACAUGCAUAUAUAUUUAAAUGCAGAAUAUAAAGAUAUAUCCAAACACUUAGUAUUAAUUACAUUUUCUCCUCAUCAUCUUUUUUUUAUACCAGCCAGUGCUCAUGUUUGAAAAUAUGACUUUUUAUUGGUUUCUCUUUGUUUGUUUGUUUUUUGUAAUCUCACAAACCUGCGUUUCUCGAGGAAAAAGCAGAGGCGAUGUCAGCACUACGCCUGAAUCCUCUGCCUCCACUCACCGAUGUUUAACUUCUACCCCCGGGGUAGAUCCUGUGCCGACGAGGAGAUGCCAUUUUUAAACCUUGAGAUUCUUUAUUAUCAUUAACUUGUAGGCGUUAGUGUUCUUUUUGAGUUAUUUUUGAGCAACUGUUGAAUGAUGAACUGGUUGAAAAAAAUAUCUAAUCAAUCAAAAAUUUAAUAAUUGAACUUGCUAUAUCAGCCCAACUUGACGUACUGUACCUUGUAUGAUCAUGUACAGACUACGACCCUCACGGUUUUUAAGAAAAUCCUCUUCAGUUAGUUCUCUAUUUUUUUUAACUUUUGUUAUUUUCUGACAUAAUGUGGUCAUUCAUUUUGUUAGAUAUCCACUAUGAUCUAGAAUAUACCUGUAAAUAAACAAAUAUAUAGAUUAUAUGUAUUUGUAUCAUUUGACCCUCAAAAAUCUCAUAUGUUGAGCAGGAACAGAAUCACAGAGACCAAGGUUCUGCUCAUAUUACGACUUCCUGGUGUUUGUAAAGCCUGUUUUCUCUCCUUCCGAAAUGUUCUUUCUCCAGCCCUUCUCCCUGGUCUUUAAUUACCACUCACUUUUUUUCUGCCUUUAAUUUCCCCUGCUAGCAGUUAAACUGGGAAACAAGCCAGCUCCUGUUCUCACACCUAUAGCCUCAAUGAGGGCAUGCAAUCAGCAUCAGUGUUCUGCUGGUAUAAUUUAGCUGAGGAUGGGAAGUUAGUCCACUCGCUAACCAUUUGAAUUGCUAAUCAACCAUCAAUUCAAGGUCCUGCUACAUCCUUAUUCUCAGUGUGGUGGACAUGAAUUUUUUCGUGCCCCAGCAUUAGCAUGGGUCUGCUGGAAAUAAGAUGGACUUUCCUCUGUCACACCAUGGAGCUACAGCAACUGAUUCUGUUUAAAUAAUUAGACCUCCAGUCUCAAAUUCUAACAAAAUGGGGAUUACACAGGUGUAGAUUCUCAAUUUCUCCACUGAUGUGAGAAACAAUAGCACCCAAAGGUGUUUUUCCAUUCCUUAAAAGUUCUCCACAAAUACCCCGAAAAUCCCCAGCUGUCCAACUGCCUAAAAUGCCAAGGUGUUAUCCAUAAAUAUAUCACUGGCUGAUGGACAAAUGCAGCUAAGCUAAAGGCCAUAUGUAGUUCAGUUGCAACAUGACAUGCUGAUUUAUUUUCUCCCCGAGAGCAUUUUUAAACAUUGUAUAGAACCAUACUUUGUGUUUUUUUUUUUUUUAUUAUUUUGUUUGUUUGUUUUCGUUCAGCCAUGUUUCAUUGUGGGAUGCAGAAAGAAAUCAGGACUCAAUGAAACAGAGCAGUGCGAUGCAACCAAGGGAAGACCAAGACAACCAAAAACUUGCUGCAAAUUCACAUUUCCAGCACGUCAUUUCUGAACAGUGGGAACCUUGAGAUGUUUCAUAAUGAACUAAAAUCCUGAAGUCUUUUGGAACUCGAAAAAAGACUGGUAGUAAAUGGCCCAAAAUGCCAAAACUGAAUCCAUGGAAGUCUUUGGAAAGCUUGUGCAAUGUGUUACUCUUUUGACUUCAUGUAAAGAUGCUAGACUUUUGAAAAACAGACGCCAAAUUUACUGGAAUAUGUUGCAGAAUAUUUGGGGGAGCGGGAGGGAGGGGACUAACAAAAAAAAAAAACAAAACAACAACACUAACAAAAAAAAUUACAUCAAAAAGAAUAGAACAUAUACAGUACAUACCGACGAAAUGAAAAAGAACCCAAACUCAGCAAAAUAGUUUUUCCUUUGUAUGAGGGCCAAGUGCUAUCACUUUCAAACUGUUACUUCUAACUGAAACAAUAAUUGGUUUAAAGCCACUGUGUAUGUAGAUAUGUUGACUUUGUAUUAAAGAAAUGUUGUCUGA